ACUUCCGGCUGGGGCGGAAGAGCCUAGCGGGAUUCGGGGGAAGUGCUGGAAUAGGGCUUAAGCGAUGGAUUUGAGUUGGAUGAAGAAAGCGGGAGCCUAGUCCCCUUCCAAUCAGCUGCCCAUCUCGCCCUUUGGCGGCUUUGGACUGCAGCCCGAUUUAGUGUGACUACGGGCAUGCUACAAGGCGGGCACUGACUGUCCCCACGAGGGGACUGGAAGGCGGGUUUCCAGAUGGGGGAGGAGGGGACCGAGGGCAUGGUACAUCUGCUAUGCCUUGCGACAUCCAGCGGGGUACCCUUGUUUUGCAGGAGCAGCCGUGGCGGCGCCCCCGCCCGCCAACAGCUCCCAUUCUCUGUCAUCGGUUCCCUCAAUGGAGUUCACAUGUUUGGGCAGAACCUCGAGGUGCAGCUGAGCUCUGCGAGGACAGAGGACACAACCGUGGUGUGGAAAAGUUUCCAUGACAGCAUCACGCUCAUUGUUCUGUCAUCUGAAGAGGGCACCUCGGAGCUGAGGCUGGAGAGACUACUCCAGAUGGUGUUUGGGGCCAUGGUUCUUCUUGUGGGACUUGAAGAACUAACCAAUAUCCGCAACGUAGAGAGACUGAAGAAGGAGCUGAGGGCCAGUUACCACCUCAUCGACAGCUUCCUGGGGGACUCAGAGCUCAUCGGGGACCUGACCCAGUGUGUGGACUGUGUGGUUCCUCCAGAGGGGUCCCUGCUGCAGGAAGCCCUCUCUGGGUUUGCCGAGGCCGUAGGCACGGCCUUCGUCAGCCUGGUCGUGUCCGGCCGAGUGGUGGCAGCAACAGAGAGCUGGUGGCGGCUGGGGAUGCCGGAGGCUGUGCUGCUCCCCUGGCUGGUGGGGUCCCUGCCGCCGCAGGCCGCUCGCGACUACCCGGUGUACCUGCCGCACGGGAGCCCGACGGUUCCUCACCGGCUUCUGACCCUGACGCUCCUUCCGGGCUUGGAGCUGUGUCUGCUCUGCGGGCCGCGCCCUCCCCUCAACCAGCUGGAUGCACAGCUUCUGGAGCGCUCGUGGCAGCCGCUGCUGGACCCGCUGCGGGCCUGCCUGCCGCUGGGACCCCGAGCGCUGCCCGGGGGCUUCCCCCUGCACGUGGACAUCCUCGGGCUGCUGCUCCUCCACCUGGAACUGAAACGUUGCCUCUUCACUGUGGAGCUGUCGGGGGAUAAAGAACCAUCUCCUGGGCAGCGGCGGCGCCUCCUCCGCUCCUUCUACACCCUGGUCACGGCCACGUACUUCCCACCAGAGCCCGGGCAGCCAGAGAAGGUGGAGGAGGCGGUCCACCAGGCCCAGGUGCCGAGAGCCUGCUACCUGGUGUCGGGGCCUGAAGAGCCGGGCAUCGGAUGGCGGCUGGUGGCCCUGCAGUUGGGGCCACGGCGCCUGCUGCUGCUGCUGUCUGCUCAGAGUCCCACGCACGGGCUUCGGGGCCUGGCCACCCACACCCUGCAUGCCCUCACCCCGCUCCUCUGAGCGCCAGACACAGACAUGCACACGGGGCUAUUAGCGUCUCUCUGUUUAUUCGCUCACAAUAAUACACAGCCCCUGGACAGGGAGGGGGCAGGAGGGGCUACCGGGGGGGGGGGGGGGAGGAGGAGGUGCCCACUUCCCUGGCCCCUCUCCCCUCUGUGCUUAGGGGGGGAAAAGGGAGGAAGGGGGCUCCCCCUUACCCCCCAGAAUGUAAACAGCAGAUGAACAAAAAUAAAAAUACAAAAGGCUGGA